AUGAAAAUAGAGAGCAUCUACCACUCAAAAGAAGCUAGAAGAAAAGAAUGUAAAGGUGACAAAUCAGACAGAAGAUACUCCAAGGAUCCAGUCCAUCACCCAAUGCUUUUAGAAAGAGAAUAUGUCAGAGCACUGAAUGCCGUUAAAAUUGAACGCAUGCUUUCAAAGCCCUUUAUAACAGCGCUUUCACAUCACAGAGAAGGAAUCAAUAGACUGUCAAAAGAUUAUAGCUCAAAUGUAUUUGUAUCUUCCAGUUACGACAACAAAGUUGUGGUGUGGGAUCUUUUCUACAAAAAUAUCAUCUUUGAAAAGAAAUACGAAGGCUUGAUUAAUGGAAUAGCAGUGAAUACAACUGAUAAUAAGAACAAUAUAUUUGUUUCGCAGAACAAAAAAGUCAUUCUUGAGAAUAGUCUUGAGUUUGCAGUUGAGUCUCCAGUUUCAGGUAUUGAUUUUUCACAAGAUCUUUGCGUUGGCCACAGUCUUGGCAUUUCUAUAUUUGAUGUUGACAGAAUUACCCCAAAGAUCUCGUAUUUGAAUGAUGAUAUUACCUUUGUAAAGUACAAUAGAUCGUUCAAGUACAUCAUAGCUGGGCUAAGUAGAUUAGCUAUAGAUCUCUAUGAUAAUAGAUCUAGUAAAGGAUUUAUGCAGAUUGAUCACUCUGGUGCCAACUGUGUAUCCUUCAAUCCUCAGCAAGGCUAUCUUUUUGCAUGUGGCAACGAGGAUGGCAAUGGGUAUCUGUACGAUAUUAGGAACAGCAUCAAGCCUAUUGAGACAUAUAGAGGACAUACGAAUGCCGUUGUAAGUAUUUCAUUUAGUCCUGAUGGGAAAGAGGUUGUGACAGGUAGCUUUGAUAGAACAAUCAGAAUAUUUAAGAUGGAUGAGAGAAAACCAGGGAUUGCUACUACAACGAUAGAAUGCAAAUUGUGCAUGCAGUUGAAUAUUCAAAUGAUGGAGGCUUUAUCAUUUCUGGUAGCGACGAUGGGUCUUUGCGACUCUGGAAAGCUCACGCCAGUAAAAAGGCAGGACCUGUCUCAAGGUUUGAAAAAGAGUCAUUAG